UUCAUUAACAGAUGAAAGCAAUUGAACGGUAAACAGACAUGACAGUCGCUGCAACAGCACAGCCCGCGGCAGCGGGUUUCAGCGUGCCAGACGCGCUGUUGGCGAUGGCGACGGCCGUUAGAAGCGGAGAGAUGAUGCAGGCUAAAGCUAUUGGGGAGCAAUGCAAGGUGCCGCUGAGCUUGACUGCGGCGGAGCUGGCGAUGUCAGGCAAGCUGUCGGAGGGAGCGGAGAGCACCGUGUUCCGGGGCACGUGGCGCGGGCAGGCGGUGGCGGUGAAGAAGGCCCGCAUCUCGGCCUCCGUGGAUCUGGACCGCUUCAAGGGGGAGCUCGCCAUCCUGGCGCGGCUGCAGCACCCGGCAGUGGUUCCGCUGCUAGGCGCUCGCUGCCUGCCGCCCGACUACAUGCUGGUCCUGCCGCUGGCGGAGGCCGGCACCCUGCGCCACGCGCUGCACGAGCGCGGCUGGCGGCCCAGCUGGACGCAGCUGCUGGGGCUGGCGCGCCAGGUGGCGGCGGGCAUGCAGCACGUGCACGGCGCGGGUGUGCUGCACCGCGACAUCAAGCCCGCGAACCUGCUGCUGAUGGACCCGCUGCCGGCGGCGGGCGACGGCGAGGCCGUGCCGCGCGUGCAGAUCGCGGACUUUGGGCUGGCGGUGCAGCUGCAGGAGGACGGCGUGAGCGGCGGCGCGGGCGGCGGCUACGAUGCGCAGUCCAUCCGCAACACGGGCAAGCCCACGGGCGGCUUCUACAGGCGGCAGAUGGUGGGCACUCUGGAGUACAUGGGUCCGGAGCUGCUGCUGCGCACCGCGCCGCCCAGUCGCGCGUCGGACGUGUACGCCUGGGCGGUGCUGGUGAACGAGAUGGCGACGGGCACCAUUCCCUUCUCGGACUGCACCAAGGACAACCCAGAGGUACACACUGUGCUGGAGAUGGGCUACGGCCGACAGGAGCUGGCGGCGGCGGUAUGCGCAGAGGGCUUGCGGCCGCUGCUGCCGCGUAGCUGCCCGCCAGGCUUCUCGGCGCUCAUGAACGCCUGCUGGGCCAAAGAGCCCACGCUGCGGCCCAGCUUCUCGCAGAUUCUGGAGGCACUAGACAAGCUGGCGGCAGAGGAGCUGCCGAGCUGGCUAGGAUCGCAGCGGCGGAAGUCGACUGAUACCUCGACGGUAGUAGUGGAAGCGAUGGCUGUGGAUGACGACGACUACGCCGCCGCCUCCACCUCCACGGACCCCACCGCGCCCUGCAGCGCCCUGGGCCUGCAGCAACUCUUGCCGCCCUUCGCGGUGUGCCCCGUCGACCUUACCGCCGACGCUGCGGCGGCCGCGGCGGUGGCUGCCAGCUCCGCGUCAAGCUGCGUUGCGUGCUGGGAGCAGGCCGGCGCCAGCUGCUCAGGGCGGGACCAUCCCCCAAUGCAGCCGCCGCUCAGGCAGCACGCCGUGGACGCCGUCGCACACGCCAGCAGCGCGCAAGCCGACUUUAACGCGGGCAUGUUUGAGGCCAUCGGGCCGCGCGACACCAUGGAGGACCGAACCGUCAUCCUACAGGACUUGUGGGGCCGCGACAACGCGCACCCGCAGCAGCACGGUCAAGGGCCGCUAUCGCCCACGGCCGCGGCGCGAUCGGCGUCGCCGAACGUGCCCUACGUCCCUGUGGCGGCUGUGUUCGAUGGGCAUCGCGGCUCGGAGGCAGCGGACUUCUGUCGGGCUCGGCUUGCGGCAACACUACGUGCGGCGGUGCUGUCGUGCGCAUCGCCAGCCGCAGCGUUGCGGAAGGCGUUCAUACAACUGGAGCAAGAGUACUUCACGCACUGGCAGCACCAGCGCCAGGUGCACGCACACCUGCUACGCGGCGCGCACGCCUUCCCGGGCAGCACGGCCGUGGUGGCCAUGGUGGUGCCUGCAGAGCCAGCGCCCGGCCAGGCGCCGCCGGCCCCCGGCGCCCGGCACCUGUACGUGGCCAACGCCGGCGACUGCCGCGCGGUGCUGGUGCGCUCGCGGCGGCCGCUGGCUGCCAGCCGCGACCACACGGGGCUGCUGGAGGACGAGCGGGAGCGGCUGGCGGCGGCGGGGCUGCACGUGACGUGGCAGCACGGCGGCUGGCGCAUCGGCUCCACGGGGCUGCAGGUCACGCGCUGCAUUGGCGACUUCGACGUCAAGGGCGUGGUGGGCCCGGACGGGCACGGCAAGGCCGGCGCGGAGGCGGCGCUGGGCUCGGGCGUGGGCGUGACGGCGGUGCCGGAGGUGACCUGCGUGGAGCUGCAGCCGGGCGCCGACCACUUCCUGGUGCUGGCCUCGGACGGGCUGUGGGACGUCAUGUCGGUGCAGGAGGCGGCGGGCCUGGUGUACGACACGGUCAAGGACCCGGUCAUGGCGGCCAAGCGGCUGGUGUGCGAGGCGCUGAUGCGCGGUUCGGCGGACAACGUGACUGCGGCGGUGGUGUUCCUGACGCCGGUGGACACGCUGGAGUGCGUGUUCGGGGUGGAGGGCGAGACCUUCGCCGUGACCGGCACGGCAUAUGGUAGCCGUGUGCGCAUGGAGAAGGACCGGCACCUGGCGGCCACUGCCGACGAAAUCCAGGAUACGUACUGAUAACUGACGUAUUGGAGUGCGGGUGCAGUUGAGAGUGAGAGAGAGCGAGGACAACAAGGGGCUGUUCACACGCGCUGUUCACCAGGUGCAGGGCGGCAGGUUCAUGUGUGCUGGGUUCUGCAACAAUGAAUGUGUGAUGCAUGUGUUGGGCGUUACUAAGGAUUAUCGAGUAUGGGUUCGCCGGAUGCGUUCACUAAUGGGGGGGGGUUCAGUGAGGGACAGGUCCCAGGUCCCUGGCUUUGUGUGGCGGGGCCGUUGGUUGCCAGGGUGCUUGUUGUUGGCCUUUCUGGGCGUGCUUCUGGGACUCGCGCAGCUAGGGGUUUUUAGUGAAAACGGGCUAACAUUACGCUUCUUUUGACCAAAUUUUAGCGCGCGCCUGGGGCAGCUUUCCCAGACUGUGAUUUCGGUAUUACCGGUACUGUUGUUACGGUGCGUGGAGCUUGGAGGAUGCUGCCAUUGACAGCACGCAUUGACAGCUAGAGUUGUGGAAGUGAUCGUUGGUCAGCUUGCGGUGUGAAUUUAUGCAGACAUGGCACAGGCUGGCGGGAUCUGCGCCAUGGCAGUGUUUUGAGGAGCACGUCAAGUGAAGCACGGAGUUGCAGAGAAACGCGGAUGCUGAUUGCGGGAGAGAGGAUGGGUUUGCAGUUGGUCCUGUUUGUGCAAGGAGCCGCGGCCAUGUGGAAGUGACACUCUGAAUGCAACCCUAUCCUUUGUCGCUGCAUGAUUCAGUGCGGGGACGAGCAGGGAGACCGGGCGCCAGCAGGAGAAACCCCUCGAGAU